GUGGAAAGUGUCAUUUGUGGAUUGGACUCAAUGGCACUGAUUACAAAUUUCAUUCCCAGCCAACAACGACUAGAUCCCAAUGGUCGACCGUAUUUUGUCAACCACAUCAGUCGUACCUCACAAUGGGAAGAUCCGCGAUUCCAAGGCUGUUCGUUGCCCCCCGGGUGGGAAAUGCGUGUCACUCCGGAGGGUUUUCCCUUCUUCGUCAAUCACAACGACAAAAUUACCACAUUCUUUGAUCCACGUCGCGCGGAUUCCAAGUAUGUUUGGUCUUGGCCCCCGUCUUCUUCAUUUGUGCAAUUCCCCUUUGUUUUCGAAAACGAUCUCGUGGGAUUUGCAAUGCCUUUGCACGAUCCCCUGAAGAAACUGCUUCCGUCGGUAUUUCUGAUGUUAGAUUGGAUGGGAACUGUACUACUGGGACUGAAUGAUUCCUUGAUGAAAUCACUCAGCUCACCCGGGGAUUAUAACACGUUUCAUUAUGAUCUAUAUCUCUGUGCUGAUAUGUCAGUUAUCAUCCAGUCGGAUCCCUUCUGA